AUGGCUAACGAGCGGCUCCGAUCUCUGGAGGACGUGGAGAAGGAAAUAGCAAUGGUUCUACAAUGCGCUGGUAAUACUGUCUUGGAACUUUCUAAAGACAAACACAAUGCCAGUUUCCUAGAGAGACAAAUGCUCCAGUUCCAGAGCUCUAUCAACCGAGUGGAAAGUGAACUGAAUUCCCAGAUCUGCUACCUCACACAGAUUAUAAUGAGGGACGGUUUGCAUUGA